AUGGCAGCCGUGACCCUGUCGGUGCCCGGACGGAAGGCGCCCCCCAGGCCGGGCCCUGUGCCCGAGGCGGCCCAGCCUUUCCUGUUCGCGCCCCGCGGGCCGAGCGCGGGCAGCGGGCCUGGCGCGGGCAGCGCCCCGCAGGUGGAGUGGACCGCGCGGCGCCUGGUGUGGGUGCCCUCGGAGCUGCACGGGUUCGAGGCGGCCGCGCUGCGCGAUGAGGGCGAGGAGGAGGCCGAGGUGGAGCUGGCCGAGAGCGGGCGGCGCCUGCGGCUGCCGCGGGACCAGAUCCAGCGCAUGAACCCGCCCAAGUUCAGCAAGGCCGAGGACAUGGCCGAGCUGACCUGCCUCAACGAGGCGUCCGUCCUGCACAACCUCCGCGAGCGCUACUACUCGGGCCUCAUCUACACAUACUCCGGCCUCUUCUGUGUGGUCAUCAACCCAUACAAGCAGCUUCCCAUCUACACGGAGGCCAUUGUGGAGAUGUAUCGGGGCAAGAAGCGCCAUGAGGUGCCACCCCAUGUGUAUGCAGUGACAGAGGGGGCCUACCGAAGCAUGCUCCAAGAUCGCGAGGAUCAGUCCAUUCUCUGCACCGGGGAGUCUGGAGCCGGGAAGACAGAAAAUACCAAGAAGGUCAUCCAAUACCUGGCCCACGUGGCAUCAUCGCCGAAGGGCAGGAAGGAGCCUGGCGUCCCCGGGGAGCUGGAGCGGCAGCUUCUUCAGGCCAACCCCAUCCUGGAGGCCUUUGGCAACGCCAAGACAGUGAAGAACGACAACUCCUCCCGAUUUGGAAAAUUCAUCCGCAUCAACUUUGACGUUGCUGGGUACAUCGUGGGCGCCAACAUCGAGACCUACCUGCUGGAGAAGUCCCGCGCCAUCCGCCAGGCCAAGGACGAGUGCAGCUUCCACAUCUUCUACCAGCUGCUCGGGGGCGCUGGGGAGCAGCUCAAGGCCGACCUCCUCCUGGAGCCCUGCUCCAACUACCGCUUCCUGACCAAUGGGCCGUCAUCCUCUCCGGGCCAGGAGCGGGAGCUGUUCCAGGAGACGCUGGAGUCCCUCCGGGUCCUGGGAUUUGCCCCUGAGGAGAUCACCUCUAUGCUGCGCACGGUGUCCGCCGUGCUCCAGUUCGGCAACGUGGUUCUCAAAUCGGAGCGGAACACGGACCAAGCCACCAUGCCCGACAACACAGCUGCGCAGAAGCUCUGCCGCCUCCUGGGACUGGGAGUGACCGACUUCUCCCGCGCCCUGCUCACACCCCGCAUCAAAGUUGGCCGAGAUUAUGUGCAAAAGGCCCAGAGCAAGGAACAGGCCGACUUUGCGCUGGAGGCCCUGGCCAAGGCCACCUACGAGCGCCUCUUCCGCUGGCUGGUGCUGCGCCUCAACCGUGCUCUGGACCGCAGCCCCCGCCAGGGCGCCUCGUUCCUGGGAAUCCUGGACAUCGCGGGCUUUGAGAUCUUCCAGCUCAACUCCUUCGAGCAGCUGUGCAUCAACUACACCAACGAGAAGCUGCAGCAGCUCUUCAACCACACCAUGUUCGUGCUGGAGCAGGAGGAGUACCAGCGCGAGGGCAUCCCCUGGACCUUCCUCGACUUCGGCCUCGACCUGCAGCCCUGCAUCGACCUCAUUGAGCGCCCGGCUAACCCCCCCGGACUCCUGGCCCUGCUGGAUGAGGAAUGCUGGUUCCCCAAGGCCACGGACAAGUCAUUUGUGGAGAAGGUAGCCCAGGAGCAGGGAAGCCACCCCAAGUUCCAGCGCCCGAGGCACCUGCGGGAUCAGGCUGACUUCAGUGUCCUGCACUAUGCAGGCAAGGUGGACUACAAGGCCAACGAGUGGCUGAUGAAGAACAUGGAUCCACUGAACGACAAUGUCGCAGCCUUGCUUCACCAGAGCACUGACCGGCUCACGGCAGAGAUCUGGAAGGACGAACACGGGGGCCUCCAGCAGCUCUCCUUCCUUGGCUCCUUCCCCCCGUCACCCCCAGGAUCUGCAGGGAGGCGCGGCUCCGACACUCCUCUGCCAGGGGGUGGGUGUCCCUGUGCAUCGACGGUGGAGGGCAUCGUGGGGCUGGAACAGGUGAGCAGCCUCGGGGACGGCCCUCCAGGCGGCCGCACCCGCCGCGGCAUGUUCCGGACAGUGGGACAGCUCUACAAGGAAUCCCUGAGCCGCCUCAUGGCCACGCUCAGCAACACCAACCCCAGCUUUGUUCGCUGCAUCGUCCCCAACCACGAGAAGAGGGCCGGGAAGCUGGAGCCGCGGCUGGUGCUGGACCAGCUGCGCUGCAAUGGCGUCCUGGAGGGCAUCCGCAUCUGCCGCCAGGGCUUCCCCAACCGCAUCCUCUUCCAGGAGUUCCGGCAGCGGUAUGAGAUCCUGACGCCCAACGCCAUUCCCAAGGGCUUUAUGGAUGGGAAGCAGGCCUGUGAGAAGAUGAUCCAGGCCCUAGAACUGGACCCCAACCUCUACCGUGUGGGACAGAGCAAGAUCUUCUUCCGGGCAGGGGUUCUGGCCCAGCUGGAAGAGGAACGGGACCUGAAGGUCACCGACAUCAUCGUAUCCUUCCAGGCAGCUGCCCGGGGAUACCUGGCUCGCAGGGCCUUCCAGAGGCGCCAGCAGCAGCAGAGCGCCCUGAGGGUGAUGCAGAGGAACUGUGCGGCCUACCUCAAGCUGAGGCACUGGCAGUGGUGGCGGCUCUUCAUCAAGGUGAAGCCACUGCUGCAGGUGACACGGCAGGACGAGGUGCUGCAGGCGCGGGCCCAGGAGCUGCAGAAAGUGCAAGAGCUGCAGCAACAGAGCGCCCGGGAAGUAGGGGAGCUCCAGGGCCGAGUCGCACAGCUGGAGGAGGAGCGGAGCCGCCUGGCGGAGCAGCUGCGGGCGGAGGCAGAACUGUGCGCGGAGGCUGAGGAGACGCGGGGGCGGCUGGCAGCCCGGAAGCAGGAGCUGGAGCUGGUGCUGUCGGAGCUGGAGGCCCGCGUGGGCGAGGAGGAGGAGCGCGGCCGCCAACUGCAGGCGGAGAAGAGGAGGCUGCAGCAGCACAUCCAGGAGCUAGAGACCCACCUGGAGGCGGAGGAGGGGGCUCGGCAGAAGCUGCAGCUGGAGAAGGUGACGACAGAGGCGAAGCUGAAGAAGUUUGAGGAGGACCUGCUGCUCUUGGAGGAUCAGAAUGCCAAGCUGAGCAAGGAGCGGCGGCUGCUGGAAGAGCGCCUGGCCGAGUUCUCCUCCCAGGCGGCCGAGGAGGAGGAGAAGGUCAAGAGCCUCAACAAGCUGCGACUCAAAUAUGAGGCCACAAUUGCAGACAUGGAGGACCGCCUGCGGAAGGAGGAGAAGGGCCGCCAGGAGCUGGAGAAGGUGAAGCGGCGGCUGGAUGGCGAGAGCUCCGAGCUGCAGGAGCAGAUGGUGGAGCAGCAGCAGCGCGCUGAGGAGCUGCGGGCCCAGCUGGGCCGCAAGGAGGAGGAGCUGCAGGCGGCGCUGGCCAGGGCAGAGGAGGAGGGCGGAGCCCGAGCCCAGCUGCUCAAGUCCCUGCGGGAGGCGCAGGCAGGCCUGGCCGAGGCCCAAGAGGACCUGGAGGCUGAGCGUGCAGCCAGGGCCAAGGCCGAGAAGCAGCGCCGCGACCUGGGCGAGGAGCUGGAGGCGCUCCGUGGUGAGCUGGAGGACACGCUGGACUCCACCAACGCGCAGCAGGAGCUCCGGUCCAAGAGGGAACAGGAGGUGACCGAGCUGAAGAAGGCUCUGGAGGAGGAGACUCGCGUUCACGAGGUGGCGGUGCAGGAGCUGAGGCAGCGCCACGGCCAGGCUCUGGGGGAGCUGGCGGAGCAGCUGGAGCAGGCCCGGAGGGGCAAAGGUGCGUGGGAGAAGACCCGCUUGGCCCUGGAGGCAGAGGUGUCUGAGCUUCGGGCAGAGCUGAGCAGCCUGCAGACUGCCCGUCAGGAGGGUGAGCAGAGGAGACGCCGCUUGGAGUCCCAGCUGCAGGAAGUGCAGGGCCGGGCAGGCGACGGGGAGCGGGCACGAGUGGAGGCUGCUGAGAAGCUGCAGCGAGCCCAGGCUGAGCUGGAGAACGUGUCGGGAGCCCUGAGCGAGGCCGAGUCCAAAGCCAUCCGCCUGAGCAAGGAGCUGAGCAGCACAGAAGCCCAGCUGCACGACACCCAGGAGCUGCUGCAGGAGGAGACCAGGGCGAAGCUGGCCCUGGGGUCCCGCGUGCGGGCCGUGGAGGCCGAGGUGGCCGGGCUGCGGGAGCAGCUGGAGGAGGAGGCCGCAGCCAGGGAGCGCACAGGCCGGGAGCUGCAGACGGCCCAGGCCCAGCUUGCAGAUUGGCGGCGGCGCCAGGAGGAAGAGGCCGGGGCACUGGAGGCAGGGGAGGAGGCUCGGCGCCGGGCAGCCCGAGAGGCAGAGGCCCUGGCCCAGCGCCUGGCAGAAAAGACAGAGUCUGUGGAAAGGCUGGAGCGGGGCCGGCGCCGGCUGCAGCAGGAGCUGGACGAUGUCACCGUGGACCUGGAGCAACAGCGGCAGCUCGUGAGCACCCUGGAGAAGAAGCAGCGCAAGUUCGAUCAGCUCCUGGCUGAGGAGAAGGCAGCGGUGCUGCGGGCCGUGGAGGAGCGUGAGCGCGUUGAGGCCGAGGGCCGGGAGCGCGAGGCUCGGGCCCUGUCUCUGACCCGGGCGCUGGAAGAGGAGCAGGAGGCACGCGAGGAGCUGGAGCGCCAGAACCGGGCGCUGCGGGCGGAGCUGGAGGCUCUACUGAGCAGCAAGGACGACGUCGGCAAGAGCGUGCAUGAGCUGGAACGCGCCCGCAGGGUGGCAGAACAGGCCGCCAGUGACCUACGCACACAAGUCACAGAGCUGGAGGACGAGCUGACGGCGGCCGAGGAUGCCAAGCUGCGCCUGGAGGUGACUGUUCAGGCUCUCAAGACACAACACGAGCGGGACCUGCAGGGCCGGGACGAGGCUGGCGAGGAGAGGCGGAGGCAGCUGGCCAAGCAGCUGAGGGAUGCGGAGGUGGAGCGCGAUGAGGAGCGCAAGCAGCGGGCUCUGGCGGUGGCCGCCCGCAAGAAACUGGAGGCCGAGCUGGAGGAGCUGAAGGCGCAGACGACGGCCGCGGGGCAAGGCAAGGAGGAGGCGGUGAAGCAGCUCCGCAAGAUGCAGGCCCAGAUGAAGGAGCUGUGGCGGGAGGUGGAGGAGUCACGCAGCUCCCGGGAGGAGAUCUUUGUCCAGAACCGGGAGAGUGAGAAGCGCCUCAAGGGGCUGGAAGCGGAGGUGCUGCGGCUGCAGGAGGAACUGGCCGCAUUGGACCGCGCCAGGCGGCAGGCCCAGCAGGAUCGGGAUGAGAUGGCAGACGAAGUAGCCAACGGCAACCUUAGCAAGGCAGCCAUUCUGGAGGAGAAGCGCCAGCUGGAGGGGCGCCUGGGGCAGAUGGAAGAGGAGCUGGAGGAGGAGCAGAGCAACGCAGAGCUGCUCAAUGACCGGUACCGCAAGCUCCUCCUGCAGGUGGAAACUCUGACCACAGAGCUGUCUGCAGAGCGCAGUUUCUCAGCCAAGGCUGAGAGUGGGCGGCAACAGCUAGAGCGGCAGAUCCAGGAGCUACGAGGACGCCUGGGUGAGGAAGAUGCUGGGGCCCGGGCCCGCCAGAAGAUGGUGAUUGCAGCCCUUGAGUCUAAGUUAGCCCAGGCAGAAGAGCAACUGGAGCAGGAAAGCAGAGAGCGCAUCCUCUCGGGCAAGCUGGUGCGCAGAGCUGAGAAGCGGCUGAAGGAAGUGGUUAUGCAGGUGGAGGAGGAGCGCAGGGUGGCGGACCAGCUCCGGGACCAGCUGGAGAAAGGGAACCUUCGGGUGAAGCAGCUGAAGCGGCAGCUGGAAGAGGCUGAGGAGGAGGCAUCCAGGGCUCAAGCUGGUCGCCGGAGGCUUCAGCGGGAACUGGAGGAUGUCACGGAGUCAGCUGAGUCCAUGAAUCGAGAGGUGACAACGCUGAGGAACCGGCUCAGAAGGGGCCCGCUCACCUUCACCACCCGAACGGUGCGGCAGGUCUUCCGCCUGGAGGAGGGCGUGGCUUCUGACGAGGAGGAAGCCCAGGAGGCGGAGCCCGGCUCUGGACCACCGCCCCCUGAACCUGAGGGCCCUCCACCAGCCCAGCCCCAGUGACCCACCUUGCCAAGGUGCACUGAGGGCAGCAGGCACUUGUCCCAUGCACCCCACCCUUUGGCUUCUUGCACUUUGGAAAUGAUGUUGCCCUUUGACACUUUUUGGCAUUUAUCAACCACCUCCCCUCCCUGAGACAUCCUGUCAACUGGUGGUCCCCCAAGCAAAAAGGAGAGAGACUGGCUAGACGGCAACCACUGGGGCUCUAUUGCUUGAGGGGAAGCUAUGGUCCCCUCAGCUCCCCAUCCUUUCUUCAGUUGUUAAGGAUCCUGAGCCCCUUGCAAAGACAGGACAAGGAGCCCCUCUUAUCCUCUCCUGCCCACUCUGUCCUCCUUUCUAAUUGGUCUUCUGUAGUCACAGGUUGGAGUUCCCAGAGGGGUCUGGUAGCGUCUCCCUUACUGUUCCAGCUUCCCAGCCCUGGCAGAAAUAAACUCCAAUCCCUGAUUGGACUCUUAGCUGUGACUGUGUGUCCCUCCAGGGAACCUCUGAUGGGGUGUGGGGGCUUCUUCAGUUCCCCUGGGUUGGAAGGAGGGGCUCUGCUGGUUUUAAUCACAGCUUAUUAUAUAGUUGAGGAAGCCCAGGCUCUCUGAGGCCUUAUUCCUCACUCCAAGCCUCCAGUGAGUGCCAGGGGUGGGCUGUGCCAG